AUGGCACUCAGAACACCAUUGCGCAGUGUCGAGCAGAAGUUCGAGGAUGAUCCUUUGACAACUUACAUGAUCAUCGUCCUCAACCUUCAAGCCAUCAUGUUACCCGAAAUUGUAUUCAACAUUAUGUCGUUCCUCCCUAUGAGCGAUAUUGCUACCUGCGCACGGGUUUGCCAAUCGUGGCUUGAUCCUGCUAUAUGUCGUCUCUAUCGGGAACUCGAUUUCGGUUUUUUUGCGGGAAUACUGGGCCUGCCUUUCACGUACGAUGUCCCAGAUCCAACUAAAGGCAGACUGGUCAUCCCCAGGAAUGUAAUUAUCCCGAAGUGGCGCUGGGACCGAUACAAGCCUCUCUUCGUGCACACUAAAGCACUGUACGAUAACUCCGUUUAUGGCUAUCGGGGAAUGACGCCGGAAAGCAUAGAGGUCAUUGCUCGCAGCUGGUACUUUGGUCCCAUGUUCCCAAACCUCGAACAUUUAUGCAUUUGGUCGUCAUCGCUUCUUCCGGCCUUCAGCUCUCCGAACCUCAAAUCCACCCGUAUCACGCCUGCCGCUGCUCGCGAUACCAAUAUCAGCCUCCUUGGUGCUCUCAGUGAAACAGCAAUGAACUGCCCUAGUCUCACGGAAAUCAUGCUCAUCCCAGGCGAGGUCGACGACAGUACUUUCGUCAACCAUGAAGACGCCCGUAUCGCAUGUAUGAACGCAUAUACCAUGUGCAGAACACUCGUCCGCGUCUCACUUCCCCUCUAUUAUCUCAGCCCAUGCCUUCUUCACAUCCUCUCAAAUCUUCCGCACCUUGAAAGCAUCGACAUGGUCACAAAGACAAGCGCAUCCCCUACACCUGAAGAUGGCUGGACAGGCCCGAUGGCUGCCGUUGGAUACUUCGGCACAUCUCAGAUGACCUCAUUCCCUAUGUUACGCGCUGGAUCCUUCCCUAUGCUCCAUACAAUCGGCAUCGCAUUCAACGAUCCCAUGGCCGCGGUCGAUCUCCUUCGCAACCCCCACUUCCCUGUCGACCGCAUUUUGCGUUACACUAUUCGCAUCAGUGGUGAAGCGUACACCAACAUGUCGGUCGGUAUUCGUCUCAUCAUCGAAACCCUUGCGCAGAGGAAUAGUCCGGUUACGGACCUUACCAUCAAUACCGCUGCAGCGAGUGGCACACUGGUCAGCGCCCUAUCCCGCCACGACGUGAUCUCAUACUACGAGCUUGUCAACUUACGCAAACUAUCGGGUCUUCUCCGAUUUCACCUCGUUCAUAAUAGCCCGGUCAAUAUCACGAACCAUGGACUUGCCCUGCUUAUUAAAGACUGGAACAUCGAAUCCCUCAUCCUUAUUUGGAAAACUACCUGCCUAAACGGGACGCAGAGGCGCGGAACCGAGGCGCGGAAUCCGGCCCUCUGCGGCCCGCUGGCUGGCGAAAUAACUAAAGUCAUAACUCUGCAUCCACUCAUCUAUACACUAUCUUCUCUCACUCCGGAUGUACUCCUUGAAGUCGCAACAAACUGUCGAGCGAUACGCGAGUUAGGCCUGUUUUUGGAUACCUCCACAGGCGACCUCACAUUACCCGCAUUACACCCUAUCAUCUCCAAACUCGACCGCCUUCAUCUCGGAAACUCCUUCAUGACUGUCGGUGACCACAGAAGAUCGAGGCAGAUCACAAGCUUCCUGUCAAACAUCACAAACCAACUUCCUUUCAUCCUUAUGCCCCGUGAGCAAGAACCCCGACUGGAUGCAACCUUUUCUCGUAUCGUCAUUGUCGACCCGACAACCCUUGGUAUGGAAUAUGAUGGUGAGGAUCAGUUACCUUGGUUAGAUGAGGAGUGGAGGUUCGUCAGCAACAACUUAGAGUCAGUUAGGGAACGGGAUUCGGCGUUGGUGGAGGUGGAAUGUCUCCGUUAUCAUAUAGACGUAUUAGAGAAGGCAUGUAGGAGGCUUGAGAAUCAGUUGGCUGUUGCUGAAAGGCUACCCCGUCAAGGACAGUCUACGCCCUUCUUCUCCAAAUAG